AUGCCACGAAGCAGCAGCUCCGGCAGUGAUGACGCUGCUACCACAGGCGCGCCGAUUAACAAACUAUCCGGCGUAACUCUUCACUAUCCAAUGCUGACCAAGAUGAACUAUGCUGUAUGGGCUAUCAAGAUACGUGUCUACUUGCAAGCUCAAGGCGUCUGGGAUGCCAUCGAGCCUGGAACGGAUGUGGAGACAAGGAAGGACAAGAUGGCGCUCGCUGCCAUUUAUGAAGCCAUCCCCGAAAAAAGCCUGCUGCUAAUAGCAGAGAAGGAGACGGCGGAGAAGGCUUGGCAGACGCUCAAGACCAUGUACGAAGGUGCAGAUCACGUCAAGGCGGCAAAGCUCCAAACUCUCAGAAGUGAGUUUGAAAUCCUCCGCAUGAAUGAGAUGGAGGCAGUAGAUGAUUUCGCCGAAAAGCUGACUGCAAUAGUCAGCAAGAUUGCUAGUCUAGGCGACAAACUUGAUGAAAGCACCGUCGUGAAGAAGCUCCUUCGUGUCGUCCCCAACAAAUUCCUAACGACUGUUACGUCAAUCGAGCAAUUUGUUGAUCUAACGACGAUGACCGUGGAGGAGGCGAUUGGUCGUCUCAAGACCUUCGAGGAGAGGGUCCGUGCCAGCGACGGGGAUGAUAAUGAGCACGUCCUACUGACCUGGAAGGAGUGGAACAUAAAGGAGAAGGAAUCCAGUGAGGGUUCCAACUCGGGCACGUCCAAGGGGCGCGGCAAAGGCAACUGGCAUGACCGGGGAUGCGGGCGCGGGCAAGGCCACGACAAUGGCCGUACUGAGGAAGGUCACGAUGAUGAUCAAGACUACAAGAAGAAAAUCAAAUGCUACAAUUGCAACUACAUGGGCUGA